AUGGCAGGGGAGCGGGAAUUCCUGGUGGACAGCGAGACCUGGGAACUGGGCAAAACAUCAGAAUAUCAGAAGCAGCCAUCACCAAGAGGACAGAGGAGUGCAGAGAACAAUCCAGAGAAGCAGAUUGCUCACUAGAGCUGCAGGCAGUGCUUUUCUACCGAGAUGCUUUCGCCAAAUGCAAGGAUCAGGCAGCUAAAUGGCACUUGCGCCACCUCAGUGAACAUGGAGCUCUUCCUCCAUUACUCCCUCAUCCCAUCGCUUUUCAUCAUUUUGGUCUUGUCCUUUCUCCAAAGACGAGAGCACCAUAGACAGAGAGAUGACGCUUCUUACCUCCUGGGGAACCGCUUCAGAAUGAUCAUACCUCUGGACUUCGUGGGCACUUUUAGUAACCGAUGGUCCUAUGGAGUCGCCUUUGGGGCCACAGCCAAUAAGGUCAUGUUCUUGUUCUCAGAAGGCUACCAGCCUCUGCAAGUCCCACAGUGGGCCCAAGCCUUUGUGCUCCUGAUCGGAGGCAUUGAAGUCGGCCUGUCCCACUUCCCCUUCUUUGCCUGCCUCUCGUCGGAGUUCCGGCUGGUCAGCUCCGUCCUGGGCUUCAGCUACUCUCUGAUCUGGUUUGCUGUCACCAUCGUUCACAUCACACAGUGUCCCCAUGGGCAGUUUGUGGGGAGGUAUGAGACCAUCGUGUUCUACUGGCCCUCACUGCUCUGCCUGGCCUUCCUGCUGGGCCGCUUCCUGCACAUGUUUGUCACGUCUCUGAGGGUCCACCUGGGCUGGGAGCUCCAAACAGAAGAGAAGCCUUUCCUGGAAGUUCACCAGGCAGAGCACGUCAAACAGCUCCUGAGGAAGUGCCCCCUGCUAGAGAGAAGGAAGUCUUGGUUCCAAACCAAGAUAUAUGAGUGGGACCCCUACUUUCAGUUCCCAAGCAGGAUGAUUGGAACCACUGUGUUGGCUUUCAUCUGCCUGUACCUUUUCAUUGUCAUUGAGUUCUGCAUGUUCGUGUAUGUGAGAGAUGAGCUGGACGUGUUUGAAGGCGAACUGGAGAGCUACAUCGCCUCCAUGAACCAGACAGGGACCCUGACCCCAGUCCUCCUGCAGAUGAAAGAGCUGAUUAACGUCACCAAAGGAGUCUGGGUGGUGACCAUUUUGCCUUCCUCCCUCACAUGUGUGAGCUACCUGUUCCACAUCUUGGCUUGUUACAGGAAGCAUAUGAAGAGGUUGUGGGCAGGAGAUAAACACUUUCUCCCUCUGAAGUUCCAUAAGCCUUCCUCAUCAGAGAGUGUGGUGGCCAUUGCACGGUACUCUGGCUGGCAGAUAGCCUAUAUUCUGUGGGGCUACCUCAUCAUCCACGUGAUGCAGAGCCUGUGUGGCCUGGUGAUCAUGUACAGCCUGGUGCUGCCUGUCAUCCACAAUCAGGCCCUGGAGAUGCUCCGAGGACUGGGCAUCGGGAUCCUCACCAUAUCCAUCGUCCUGGGUCUCAUGGUCCUGCAGGUGUGGAUUGCCGCCAGCUUCUUCCUACAACCAAAGAUGGGAACAGACAAGCAGAAGCCCUUGGCUCUCAACAACAGGAGAGCGUUCCACAACUUCAACUACUUUCUGUUCUUCUACAACGUGCUGCUGGGCCUGGGCGCCUGCCUCUCCAGGCUUCUCAUCAGCUGCAUCCUGGGCACGUGGCUGAUUGCCCGCAUCGACAGGACCAUCCUGCAGAGUGGCUAUGAGCGAGCAGACAUGGGGUUCAGUGCGUGGAUUGGCAUGCUCUAUGUGGACCAUUAUCACACCAACCCCGUGCUCGUCAGCUUUUGUCACAUCCUGAUCACAGGCCACAGGGAGAGGAGGCUGCAGCAGACCAUCAAAUACUGGUGCCUAAGUCAGUCAGCAGGUCCCCGCAUCUCAGCGAGGCCCAGGAUAAGGUGGCUCCUGCUGCGGACCUUGAUCAACAACCCCGGACUGGUCACACUCAGGAAAUCAAGGCCAGGUCACGGCUCCCAGGACUUUACCCAGAUUCCGUUGACGUGCUCGGAGAGCUGACACUGAUCUCCCACAUGGCGACAAGGCUAUUCCAGGAUGACUGCCCCUGAGAAGGCCCAGGCUACCCAGCAGCUGUCCUCUGCAGUGUGAUGGGAUGCGCAGCCACUAUCCACGCAGAUGGCACACAGACAGGCCAUUCAUGGGAUGGCACUUGGGCUGAACAAUGAAGUCUCAGGUCUAAUCCAUUCCCUUGGUAAAAAGAUCAAGAACUAAAGAGAAUUUCUUCUGAAAAAACUUUGCCCAGUAAUGAUUUCCGCUGUCCGUGGUUAGGAGGCAGCCUCGGGGAGCUCCGUGUUGAGACACACUUAAUCUGACCACAAGGCAGAACUUUGUGUCAGUGGAAAAGUCAGGUAAAAAUUUUUAUAUCAGGAGAGUUUAACUGUUUGACACAGGUUUUCUCUGGGAGAAAG